UUCUUCACGCGAGGGGGCCAGUAAAGUGAAGUGUUAUCCUUCUUUAUAUCUUUACUUUAUUUUUGUGUAGAUCUCAUUCUAUUUCAAAAAUGAAAUUGAAAUAAUAAAUAAAAAGUUGAUCAUGAUAUAAUUACGAAGAUGAAUUGAAGAUAGUAAAGAUUGGGGAAAAGGUGAAGGAAAAAGAAUGGAAAAAAGAGAAGGAACGAUUACGGAUUUAGAAUCAGUGAAGAGAUAUUUAGAGAAAAGAGAAGCAUCAACGGUAGAUGAUGAAUUUCCUCCCAAGUUCCUGGAACCUUUCAUCUUGCGUGGCCUACGAUUGGAUCUCAUUGAGCCUGGCCAUGUCGUUUUCUCAAUGAACAUACCUCCACGUUUACUCAAUUCAGGUAAGCACUUGCACGUUGGUGCUAUUGUUACUCUGGUGGAUGUGGUAGGAGCAAUUGCAAUUCCUGCCGCUGGAUUUCCAAUGGAUACUGGAGUUUCCCUCGAGAUCAAUGUGUCAUGCUUCGAUGCUGCUUAUGUCCAUGAGGAGAUUGAGAUUGAUAACAAGGUUCUACGAGUAGGAAAUGCUAUAGCUGUUGUAAGCGUAGAGUUCAGGAAGAAAAAGACGGGCCAAAUUUUUGCUCAAGGGCGUCAUACCAAGUAUCUUCCCUUUGUCAGUAAAAUGUGAAUGUGCAUACAAGUAAUUGUGAAGGAAGCAAACCUGAUAGGUUUUUUUUCAAGACCUUUGGAAAUGUACUUGGCCAGUAAUGUUUUCUAGAGGUUCAAAGGGUGGGUGAUGGCAAUUGGCAAGUUAUGGAGGUAUCCAAAAGGACAAAAGAUCAUCGAGGUGUAGCUACAUUAAUCUUUGUAAACAUAAAUGAUUGGCUUUACAACCAAAUUGCGAAACAAAGUAGUAAAUAGAGGAGAAAUAAACAGAAACACUGUUCGGUCAACAACAACAAAAACAUAAACACUUUUAUCUGCUUGUUUUAGGUUCAUUUCAUUGCAAAUUCAAAUUUAACAAACUAGUAAUAUACGCGUCCAUUACUAUAGACACUAUUUAUCCACUUAAUAGACAAAACAAUAAAUGCCGUGAUAUAUUAGUUUUUUUAGUAACAAAACAUUGUUCAAAUAUUCAUUUUAGUCUCUUAAUGUGUAAUAAAUAGGCACAAUAGUAAAUGAAUGUAUCAAAAUGAUAAAGUAGUCCUUGAUUAUGCACAUCCAACUCGUCCCUCGAGUUAAAAUAUAUGGUUAAUACUGUUUUCAAUGUA